GACGGUGAGUCACGCGUGGGCGGUUUCUCAAUCCAACAGAAGCCGGACGAACAAAAAACGUCUCAAAGCGGAACCCAAGUUGACUUUGAACCCGCGUCUCCGUUUCCACACGAGCACAUAAUCGCGUAUCAUCAUCGCAGCGGAGAUGGCAGCGCUCCGAACGGCACUCCAUGGACGCCUCGUCCCGGCUCUCCCUUUGUCCUUCGGCUCGCUGCGGAACGCCAGUUCCUUUAAGGCGUCGGAUCUGGUCAUCGAACGCAACGCGGCGUGCAAGCCGAAGCCCGACCCCUCCACCCUGGUGUUCGGCAAGCAGUUCUCCGACCACAUGUUGACCAUCAACUGGUCGGCGAAGGCCGGCUGGGAGGCUCCUCGGAUCAAACCUUUCCAGAACCUGUCGCUGCACCCGGCCACCUCCGCCCUGCACUACUCCAUCGAGCUGUUCGAAGGCAUGAAGGCCUUCCGAGGAGUGGACAACCACAUCCGGAUGUUCCGCCCCAUGCUGAACAUGGCGAGGAUGCAUCGCAGCGCCGAGAGGAGCAGCCUCCCCCUGUUUGAGAAGGAGGAGCUGCUGGAGUGCAUCAAGAAGCUGGUGGAGGUCGACCAGGAGUGGGUCCCCUUCUCUCAGGACGCCAGCCUCUACAUCCGACCCACCUUCAUCGGCACCGACCCGUCGCUCGGCGUGUCCCACCCGAGUGAAGCCAUGAUCUUCGUCAUCGUGGGCCCCGUGGGGCCUUACUUCUCCACGGGCUCCUUCAACCCCGUCUCCCUGCUGGCCGACCCCUCGUUUGUCCGGGCGUGGAAAGGCGGCGUCGGGGCCUACAAGAUGGGAGGUAACUACGGGCCCACGAUAGCGGUGCAGAACGAGGCGGUGAAGCGCGGCUGCCAGCAGGUCCUCUGGCUGUACGGAGAGCAGGAGGAGAUCACCGAGGUCGGGACCAUGAACCUCUUCAUCUACUGGACCAAUGAGAAAGGAGAGAAAGAGUUGCUGACCCCCCCUCUGGACGGCAUCAUUCUCCCAGGAGUCACCAGGCAGUCGCUGCUGGACCUGGCCAGGACCUGGGGUGAGUUCAAGGUCACAGAGCGGACGAUGGGCAUGAAGGAGCUGCUGGGGGCUCUGGACUCCGGGAAGAUCCUGGAGGUGUUCGGGGCCGGGACGGCCUGCGUCGUGUCUCCAGUCGGCAGCCUCCUCUACGGGGAAAAGAAAUACGAGAUCCCGACCAUGCAGAACGGUCCCGACCUGGCCAAGAGGUUCCACAAAGAACUCACUGAUAUUCAGUACGGACGCACGGCGAGCGAAUGGGCCCCGCUGGUCGUUUAACGACUUUACUGCACAAGUCAGUUGUAUCAACAGUUCAAUUAGGACGACCAGCGCCCCCCCAAUCCCCCCCCCGAGCCCCCCACACACACACUCACACACACUAAAGAGGCGGUGCACCCCUUUAUUGUCUUUUUCCCUGUCAUCUGUCCGGGUGGGGUGCGUUGGGGGGAGGGGCUGGAAUUUAACUCGGUUCACAUGUUACAUGACGUGUGGAGCCAACGCGAAAAAGCCCCCAAAAAACCAGCUGGGGAGCGGAAGAACGACAAAACGCAGCCAGAUGAUUCCAACGGAAAAAAAAAGACGUGAUGAGGUGAAAUGUUCGACGCUGAUUGGUCGGUCCGGCAGAGCGAAUCCACCCCUUUUUAAGUCGUCCUCGCACUCCGCCUCCCUCCUGGGGGGCCGUAGCUAUUAGCACAAAGACUCAUUAACAAAAACAGGGCACAAACUGUCGCGUUGUCGGUCAAAUCGUUGCUCUGUAUUCUGUGUUUAGGAAAGCCGAGCUCGACAAAUGUAUAAAACUUUAUUAAUAACGUCUUCUGUUACGUGUGCGAUGUGAGGGAGCGUUGCUGUUGGUUACGGGGGGGGGGGGGGUUAAAGAUGGACGAGCACUUUUACACGGUGUUACGUGUGAUUCCUGCGCUGCGUGUAAUAAUCAUGGACACAUGUUACCUGCGGGUCUUCGUCCUCAUCGUCAUGCAGAGUUUAGAUUUGUCUUCCAAGGUGUUUUGGUUUUUCUCUUCCCUCCAUUUGGAAGGUCCCCCCCCCCCCCCCCAUUUCUGUCCAAGUGCCUGACCUCUGUUACUGUGUGUAGUUGAUUUUAAGUGUUUCUUUUACUCGGCUGUGAUGUUUUUACAAUAAACGUGUUUGGAGUUUA